AUGACCGUCUCGGUAUCGACCGAGGCGUUGGAGGCGCUGCAAGCACUGGCCGCAGAGAAGACCAGAGUCGUCAUGCUGAGCGUCGAUCCCGAGACGGAGCUCGUGCAGCUCGUCCCCGGCCCGCCCGACGCCCAUCCGUCGACCGUCGCGGAGAUUGUGCAGGCCAUCUCGCCCACCGAGCCGCGCUUCACCUUUUGCCGCUUCGAGCACGAGGGCGCGCCGGGCCGCCGCGACACCGCGCUCCUGUUCUUCUUCACGUGUCCCUCGCCGCCGCCCGGCACGGUGGGUCUCCAGGCCGCCAGGAAGCGGAUGGUCUACCCCCUCCUGAAGCGUGCCGUGCUGCAGGUCGCGAGAGCCGAGGCCGGGUUGAGCGCCGACAAGAGGUUCGAAGUCGAGGACACUGCCGAGCUUGACGAGGACUUGGUUCUGGGUGAGCUUAGGGCUCCCAAGGAAGAUGAACCGCGCGGGGAUUGA